CACGCCGGAAGUAUUGCAGGCCACGGCCCAGCGGCGCAGCGGCUGGGCCGCGGGUCCGGCGGGACCAUGCCGGUCACCGGGAAGACUUUCCGUCGGCGCCGGGCUGACUCGGAGUCGGAGGAAGAUGAGCAGGACUCACAGGAGGUUCGAUUAAAACUGGAAGAGACCCGAGAGGUGCAGAACUUGAGGAAAAGGCCCAACGGAGUGAGUGCUGUGGCCCUGCUGGUGGGAGAGAAGGUACAAGAAGAAACCACUCUAGUAGAUGACCCAUUUCAGAUGAAGACAGGUGGUAUGGUGGACAUGAAGAAACUGAAGGAAAGGGGCAAAGAUAAGAUCAGUGACGAGGAAGACCUCCACCUGGGGACGUCGUUUUCUGCAGAAACCAACCGAAGGGACGAAGAUGCCGACAUGAUGAAGUACAUAGAGACGGAGCUGAAGAAGAGGAAAGGGAUCGUGGAACAUGAGGAACAGAAAGUAAAGCAGAAGAACGCAGAGGACUGUCUCUACGAACUUCCGGAAAACAUCCGCGUCUCCUCAGCGAAGAAGACGGAAGAGAUGCUUUCCAACCAGAUGCUGAGCGGCAUCCCCGAGGUGGACCUGGGCAUCGAUGCUAAAAUAAAAAAUAUCAUUUCUACGGAGGAUGCCAAGGCCCGUCUCCUGGCAGAGCAGCAGAACAAGAAGAAAGACAGUGAGACAUCCUUCGUGCCCACCAACAUGGCGGUGAAUUACGUGCAGCACAACCGAUUUUAUCAUGAGGAGCUCAAUGCGCCUAUACGGAGAAAUAAAGAAGAGCCCAAAGCCCGACCCUUGAGAGUGGGUGACACAGAGAAGCCGGAGCCUGAGCGGUCCCCUCCUAACCGCAAGCGUCCUGCUAACGAGAAGGCCACCGAUGACUAUCACUAUGAGAAGUUCAAGAAGAUGAACAGACGGUACUGAGCAUGGCUGAAGGGGAGAAGUGCAGAAUGGGAUGUAGAUAGCACUGGCCCCACCCACGGUAAAAGGCUCCUGAACAGAAACCUGAUCACUUGUUUGCAGACGGUUCCAAAAACAGAUUCUAUUAGUCCGGCUGCUAACUUGCUGGAUUUUUCAGGCACCGAAUUUGUAACCUUUUGAAACUAAACAACGUGUAGUUUUUUUAUUUGGGGACGAAUUAUUCCUGUGAGCAUUAUUGAAUCUUGUUUGUAAAUAUGUUGACUUUAUCUUAAUAUUUGCCCUGGGUCAGGAGGCAACAGCUGUGUGUUCGAGGUGAGAUAAUACCUUUUUAAAUUGUGCUUUUAUUCUAUAUGUAAUCAUGCCUUCCACUUUCCAAUAUCUGGAAUGGGUUCAGAAAUGCACCCCUCGCUGUUUGCAGUAGAUCCAGCUGACAGCAGAAAAAUCUAAGAUGGGAUCAAAGGGACACUGGUAUUUUCUGACUUUUACAAACUUACCUGUUUCUUUUCAAUAAGAAAGAAGAAACAAUUUCUAUCGCCUUCAGCACUUAACUAUUAAAUAUAAAAGGAAUCCA